CAGCACCCAUUACCAGUCCUCUGAAUCCUCAUUGAUGUCCUUCUCACAAAUCCCACCCGUCUACCGAUACACUCACAUGCAUCUUCUAUAAAUGUACCUAUAUCGUCAUCGCUCCUUGAUAAGCAAGAAGUUGCACGUAUAUCCCUACACAGUCACGCAGGAAACUUCAUGGAGGUAGAGAGGGUGCAAGCUAUCGCUACCUUGUCCUUGAACGCCGGCUCCAUUCCGGCAGAGUUCAUACGGCCGGAGAAAGAGCAGCCGGCCAUGACCACAUUUCGCGGUCCCGUGCCUGACAUACCCACCAUUGAUCUCAGCCAUCCCGACCAGGACCGUCUGGUGGAGAUGAUCUCUAAGGCCAGCCAGGAGUGGGGUUUGUUCCAGCUCGUGAACCAUGGAAUACCCUGUGACCUGCUACAAAAGCUGCGCAGUGUUGGGAAACACUUCUUUGAACUCCCCCAGGAGGAGAAGGAGAAGUACGCCAAGCCACCUCAAGGCUUCGAAGGCUACGGAACCAUGCUUCAGAAGGAUCUCUACGGCAAGAAAUGCUGGAACGACCAUCUUUUUCACCUCAUAUGGCCUCCCUCCAAAAUCAACUACCAGUUUUGGCCAGAGAAUCCUCCGUCUUACAGGGAUGUGAACGAAGAGUAUGCAAAGUAUGUGAGGGAGGUGGGAGAUAAGGUGUUCAGGUGCCUGUCAUUAGGGUUAGGGCUGGAGGAGAAUGCGAUGAAAGAGGCGGUGGGAGGAGAGGAGCUACAGUACAUGUUGAAGAUAAACUAUUAUCCACCGUGUCCUCGCCCUGAUCUGGCCCUGGGAGUCUCUCCUCACACCGACUGUUCCACUCUCACCAUUCUCGUCCCGAACGAAGUUCCGGGCCUUCAAGUUCUCCACGAUGAACGUUGGAUCGACGCCAAGUAUAUCCCCAAUGCUUUGAUCGUUCACAUCGGCGAUCAGAUUCAGAUAGCGAGCAACGGCAAGUACAAGAGCGUGCUGCACAGAACCAAGGUGGACAGGGACAGAAGCAGGAUGUCGUGGCCGGUGUUCUUGGAGCCUCCUGGCGACUUCCUGGUAGGACCUCUUCCUCAGCUCCUGUCUCAGGAUAACCCUCCCAACUACGAGCCUCGCUCCUUCAGUGACUAUCGCUUCUCUAAACUCAACAAGCUUCCCCUCCACGAUUAGACCUUCUUUUCUUCUUUGUUUCCUCUUCAUUCCUUUGCCCAUUCCCCUUUCCCGCUUCUUUCCUUUUUUGAAUCUCAACUGUGAUUCCUCUCUUGUUUUAUCCACUUCUCUCUGUUUGUCCACUGUCAACCAUGUAUGAAAUCCAAGCUACAAUAAACAAACAAAUCUAAACUUCGGCUUUCCAUGUU